AUGGAUCAUCAACAUACAACAAUAACAAAUCCAUCCUCAACAUCAGCAUCAACAUCUUUAAAAACACCACAAGAUUAUAUUAAAGAAUAUGAAUUAAUACUAUUAAAUAAUCCUAAUGAUUAUUAUACUUGGGAGAAGUAUAUUAAAGUAUUAGAAAUUGAAGAAUCUAGUGAUAAAGUAUUAAAAGGCUAUGAAAAAUUUCUUGAACAAUUUCCAUUAUUAUUUGGAUAUUGGAAAAAGUAUGCAACAUUAACCUAUCAAGUAACACAAUCCUAUGAAAAGACAAUUCAAGUCUAUGAAAAGAGUGUUGAUAAAAAGACAGGUAUAUUUAAUAAUCCAGAUUUAUGGGCAAAUUAUUGUUUAUUUGUUGCUGAACAAUCACCUGAUGUUAAUGAAAUUAGAAAUUUAUUUGAAAAGGCUAUUCAAAUUAUUGGUAAUGAUUAUUAUGCUAGAACUUUAUGGGAAAAUUAUAUUGAAUUUGAAAUUUCACAAGAUGAAUAUGAAAAAGUUGUAAAAUUAUACAAGAGAGCAAUUCAAGUACCAUGUAGAGAUUUAACUUUAAUUUGUUCAAAUACAAGUAUUAAUAAUACAAGUAGUGUGGUGUGUGGUGGUGUUGGUGAUGGUAAUAGUAUUAAUAAUACUACUAAUAAUAAUACUACUGAUACAUUGUCAUCAUCAUCAAAUGUAGAUGUAAAUUCCAAUCAAAAUGUUAAUAUAAAACAAAUAAUACAAACAAGUGAAGAAGAAGCAAUUUAUCAACAAUCACAAAAAUUGAAUGAUUUAACAAGUUAUUGGAGAGAACAAUUAUAUAUGCCAACUAAAAAAGAAUUGGAAAGAAUUCGUUCAUUUGAAGAUUUAAUACGUAGACCAUAUUUUCAUCCACAACCAUUUCAAGAUUAUGAAUUGGAACAUUUUAGAAAAUAUAUUGAAAAUGAAAAGAAUGAAUAUUAUCAAAAACAAAACAAGUGGUGUGAUCAAGAACAUUUAAUUCAAACAUUUGAAAGAUUUAUU